AUGUGUUAUCACGUCAAUCUAGAGAUCUGCUGCGAAGAUGAGCCUUCGAAUGCCUUCCCCAAGACUCUCGCCGUCCUAAGGUUCCUUGUCGGCUGUCACGCAGCACGUGUAGCUCAUAAGCUUGAGGAACAUGCGUCUGGCUGUCCAACGCCACUGCCUUCUGCCGAGGAGUGCCCAAAUUAUGACCCCGAAUAUAUAAGAUUUGAACGUAUAUUCUAUACUAAGUGCGCUGAGUGCCUCGUGUCCAAGGGACCGCAGAAAUACGGUCUCAAUGGAUAUGAUAUGCCUAUCGUUCAACAGAACGAGAAUCUUCUCCUCGACCAACUCGUCAACGCGGUCCAAACGAGACCGUAUGAAAAUGUGGUGUUGAGACUUCCUGAGGAAUUCAACAUCCAUGAACGUUGGAUGUUAAGCGGUUCGCGAUGGACAGAGGCUCAUGUUAUUGAUCAAGGAGACCCGCUAGGCCCUAAUCCAACAUACGAUCUGGAGGGCAUAAGAUGGUGGGUGGAGCAAGGGGUUGACGGCAUAGACCCAGAUGUAUUAGAAUGGCUCAAGGGACUUCCACUAUCAAUUUUCUACCCUGAUGAACCUCGGAAAUCAUUAUCAGACGUGGACAAUUCGUCGGAUAGUGACGCCAAUGAGGAAGGCAUACCCCGAUCACCAGCGAGUGUUCAGUCGGAUUCAUCGAUGGAAGGCUAUGAAUGGUACGACAAUUGGGCGGAACACCACGCCUAUUUACCAGCCCAGUGCACUCUUGAAGAGCUUCGUGCGCUGCAAGCUAGCCACCGGAUAGCGAACUCGGGGGCCUCAGGUCCGACUACCAAACCAUACGUACCGACCUAAUGAUAUGAAACUAUGAGUCUAGUUGUCUAAGACUUAAGAGUACCGAGUAUACCUGACAUAUUUUAAAGGCUGUGGGAAUGCUGAGUCUGGGGAAUUACUGAAGCGAGUAGUGUCACAUAAUCACAAGACGGGAUGAAAGGGUUAAUGCGCUUCGGUAGUGCUUCACAAAUUUACUUCGUAUAUACCGGAGAAUAU